AGAGAGAGAGAGUGUGUGAGUGUGUGUGUGAGAGAGAGUGAGUGAGGGAGUGAGUGAGUGAGUGAGAAAAAGAGAGAGGGUUUUAUGGGUAAGCAGAGGUUUAGAUUAUCGCAUAUGAUACCAAAUGCUUGGUUUUACAGGUUAAGAGACAUGAACACUGCCAUGGGCGCCACCCACAACAAGAAACCUCUUCCAUCUGCUUACUCUUCAACCCCAAACCACACCAGAAACUCUUUCUGUUACACUCCUAGACUCCACCGAUAUAACAAUUCACCCACACCCACAUCAAACACAAACAUUAUCAACCACCCUGCAGUUUCAAUCUGCACUCAGCCCACUGAGUUUACUCAUACCCAUGAUCAAGAUUUAUUUCUUUCCCCUAUUAGAAGUAGUUACAAUGAAUCUCCUGUCUCUGAGUCAAUUCUGUCGUUGGCCAGACCUCCCUCCACCUCUUGUAGUUGUGGAGUGAUCAGUUCUUCAACUACCGAUGUCGUAAUUGAGUUCAAUAAGAAAUCAUACACCAAAAAGAUUCAAGAUUCAAGUGGGUAUGAGUUGAUUCGAAGGAUUGAGCUUCAAAAGCCUCCACCAAUCAUAACGAAAUCCAACAAGGACACAUUAACGUUGGUUGAGAAGAAAGAAGAGAGUUCCAAUCAAAGCUCGAUUUCAAUUAAAAUAGUCAAAGACAGUUUCUCGAAGAAAGAAAAUCCAGAGAGAAAACCAGUUUCAGGAGUCAAGAUAAGAUCGAAUUCUUCUAGAACACCCGUAUGCAAGAGGAUUGUUGAUGCUAAUAAUGAUCAUAAAAGACAAAAGAACAACCUGUCAAGUAGCUGUUGCAUUGUGAAGUCAUCAUUUGACCCACAGAAAGACUUCAAGGAAUCAAUGGUGGAGAUGAUUGUGGAAGAAAAGAUCUGGGCUUCCAGGGAUUUGGAAAAGCUCCUUGCUUCUUACCUCUCUUUGAAUUCAAACGAGUACCAUGAGAUGAUCAUCAAGGCAUUUGAGGAAAUCUGGUUAAGUUUUAAGUUUGUUGACUAAGAAAUGUGAAGGUAUAUAUUAUGUCAUCCUUUGUGUGUUUUCUGCUUAACGUGCCGAAUCUUUAAUGUAAACUAGUUGUUUUACCUUUUGAGUUCAA